CCUCCUCGUCUGGACUUUCUCAUCCUUACAUCCCACAAUGCUCCCCACCACCGCGCUCCUCUCCCGCGCCAACACGCUCGGCUGGAUCGGCCUCGGCGCCAUGGGCGGCCCCAUGGCCACCAACCUUUACACGAAGGCGUGGGCGCUCGCCGGCACGCGCAAGUGCGAGGAGAUGCCGGAGAUGGUCAUCUGCGAGCCGAACGAUGCGAACGCGGCGGCCUUUGUCAACAACGUUAAAGAGCAGAGCGGAGAGGCGGCUGCGCAGCGUGUUCGCCGUGUGUCCAAGCCCAGCGAAGUUGCAAAGGAGGCCGCCCGCGUCUUCACCAUGCUGCCCUCCACGCCCCAGGUCGAGGCCGUGUACCUCGGCGAGAGCGGUUUGCUCAAGGGCCUCGGGGACGCCCAGAGCUCCGGCUCGCUCAGCGACCACAUCAAGGCCAACCCGUGGCUGCUGGGCGCAUCUGCCGAGCCUGCGGGCACGACUACGGCGUCCACCCUGCUCGUGGACCACACUACGCUCGACCCCACCGCCGCGAAGCGCAUCGCGGACGACGUGCACGCCCAGACGAACAACAGCGUGCACAUGAUUGACGGGCCGGUGUCUGGUGGUGUCGCCGGCGCCAAGGCCGGCACCCUCACCAUCAUGUUCGGCUCGGCGAACGAGACCGCGUCCGACCUCGCGCGCGGCCUUCUGCAGUUCAUGUCUCGGGAGGGCGGCGUCGUCCCAUGUGGUGGCAGUGGCGCCGGCGUCGGCGUCAAGGUCUGCAACAACCUCGUGCUGGCCAUCAACCAGAUCGGGCUGGCCGAGGGCCUCGCGCUCGGCCACGCGCUCAAGAUCGACCCGCUGCUGCUGCACGACAUCUUCAACACGUCGUCCGCGCAGAGCUGGAGCUCCAAGGUCAACUCGCCGCUGCCCGAGGUCGCGGGCUCGCCGGGCUCGCGCGGCUACAACGGCGGCUUCCUCAGCAAGCUGAUGCUCAAGGACGUCGGGCUUGCGCUGAGCGCCGCGCACGCACACUCGCUGCCGACGCCCCUGACGUGGGCUGCGUCCAGCGUGUACGAGGCUGUCGGGAAGGAGGGCGACGGCGCCAUGGCUAACCAGGACUUCUCGGUGGUCUACAAGUGGCUCUUGGACAAGCAGGCGCAGGGCGUCGAGGUUGGGUGGAAGAACGGCGGCCCCGGCGACAAGAAGUAGGCGCAAGAUAUAGAUGUCACUGUGGAUGAUCAGGAC